AUGGCCCGCUCCUACACCGACGUCCGCGGCGAGGGUGCCACUGCCUCGUCCAAGGGCUUUAGCCAGCGCGAGCAGGCCGAGGAGGGCCAGUACAUCCGCAGGCGCGAGCAGGAGCUCCUCAAGGCUGCCCAGGAGAAGCUCAAGGCCGCCCAGGCCGAGGUCGACAAGCACCAGGCUACCGUCGACGCUUCCAACGCCAAGGACAAGAAGUAA